CUUGCUCCCUCCCCCCUUCGCAACAAGCUGUUGUUGUUGUCCUCGAUCCCAUUUGAACCACAUGAACUCAUCGGGUUUGUGUUGUUGCGCUAGUCUCCACCGCAGCAGAGGCAGACAGACUGAUGAUGAUGAUGAUGAUGAGGAUGAUGAUGAUGAUGAUGAGCAGCCUCUGGGGUUUAUUUAAAGCUCUGUGAAACCGGAAGCUGUGUUGUCGUCUGGGAGCUGCUAGCUUAGUUAGCAUAUCAUUAGCUCGCGAGUGUGAUAAUUCACACACGCACACACACACACACACACACACAGCUCUAAAACGAUACACAAUGAAACGAGAGAGGAGAACGUGGAUGUCGUGCCUGCUUCCGUGACACACUUUAAAGAAGAAGACACGCGAAACUAACCACUCCCGGCCGGUGGAAAGCAAGAGUUUGCCCUUACCGCCCUCCAAAGUCGACCUCGGGCCUCUUGAGCCUUCUCACCCUCCACGGGCCGGUGUUUUGGCCGCCGUAACCAUGACGACGGGGGGCUGCUGCCACCUGCCGGGCUCUCUGUGCGACUGCGCGAGCAGCCCCGGUGCGCGGAAGAGCGCGGAGGAAGCGGGCGGCGACGGGUGUCAGGCGCUCUACGUCACCCAGGUGACGGCCAUCGACGGACGGUUGCUCUCCUCCGUCCUCAAACCCACGAGCGCACAAAGCGAUGGACCCAUCUGCCGUAUCUGCCACGAGGGCGGCAGCGGCGAGGGCCUCCUGUCCCCGUGCCACUGCACAGGCACCCUGGGCAAGGUGCACAAGAGCUGCCUGGAGAAGUGGCUGUCGUCCUCCAACACCAGCUACUGCGAGCUCUGCCACACGGAGUUCAGCAUCGAGCGCCGGCCGAGGCCUCUCACAGAGGUAACAAAGUGGCUGCAGGACCCCGGCCCUCGCAACGAGAAGAGGACGCUGUUCUGCGACAUGGUGUGCUUCCUGUUCAUCACGCCCUUGGCGGCCAUUUCCGGCUGGCUGUGCCUCCGGGGCGCUCAGGACCACCUCCAGCUGGGGAGCUGGCUGCAGGCUGUGGGCCUCAUCGCGCUCACCAUCGCCCUCUUCACCAUCUACGUCCUGUGGACCCUGGUGUCUUUCCGCUACCACUGUCAGCUGUACUCGGAGUGGAGACGGACCAAUCAGAAAGUGCGUCUGCUCAUUCCCGAAGCCAAGGGGUCGAACUCUUCCCAGCAUUCCUUGCUCUCCGCCAUACUGAUGAAGAAGUCGGCCAAUGAGAGUAUAGUAUGAGACCGGAUCGCAGACGGUCGAUGACGCUGUCCGUUAAAUGCAGGGGGCUGAUUUUCGCCCACCAGCCAGCCUUUUAUAAGAUUUUAAAAAAAACAACAACAACAACAAACAACUGUCUUUGCCUCAUCGGUACUUAAUUCACAUUACUUUUAAAAAAAAAGAAAAAAAGCACAUGUAAGUCACAGAGGGGAGCGCAGCAGCACACGGAGACGUGCAGAGGCCUCAAACGUGGGAACGGUCUCUCGCCAUCGUAGAUACGACGAUGACAUUUUAACGAGAAAGAAAAAAAAAA